UCCCCGGCGCCUCGGAUGAGACCCCCGGGAGCUCAGGGGCCCCAGCGCGGCGGCUCCUGGCGCCCGGCCUCCCUGAGCUGUGCGCGCUCCUCCCUCCGGCGAACGGGGCGCGAAGCCCGCGGAGCAGAGCGCAGUGCGCACAGUCGAGUGGAGCACGAGGGGCAGUGGCCGCGCAGCCGCGCCCGCCGCGGGAGCCCGCGCUCGAGCCAGCCGCGCGUGGACGCUCGGACCAUGGCUGCCGAGGGACGCGGCCCCCUCGCCCAGCUCUGGGCGGCGGCGCUGCUCCUGCUCUGUCUGCCGCGUCUCUCGGUGCGGGCGGAUGGGAAGCUUUUUGUGCUGGAGUCUCAGAAUGGCUCUCAGGGCCUCGAACUGGAGGUGGCUCAGCUUUCCUGCAAGAGCAGGGGUGCUCACCUGGUGUCUGCGGAAGAGCUGCGGACGGUGGUCCAGGACUGUGCCUUUGCUGUGUGCACCACCGGCUGGCUGGCAGAUGGCACCCUGGGGACAACCGUGUGUAGCAAGGGGAGUGAUGAACAGCAAAUCAUGAGAGCCAUUGAUGUGAGAAUUGAAAGCAACCCAGCUCCUGGUGCCACGUACAGUGCCCUUUGUAUUAAGGAUGAAGAGAAGCCAUGUGGAGACCCACCUUCGUUCCCACACACCAUCCUGCAGGGCCGCACGGGCCUGGAGAUGGGGGAUGAGCUGCUGUACGUGUGCGCCCCAGGCCACGUGACGGGCCACCGCGAAACCGCCUUCACCCUGCUGUGUAACAGCUGUGGGGAGUGGUACGGCUUGGUGCAGGCCUGCGGAAAAGAUGUGGCUGAGACACAUAUUGACUAUGAGGAUAAUUUCCCAGAUGACAGAUCCAUGUCCUUUAGAGAGCUCAUGGAGGAUUCCCGGACAGAGGCAGAAGAAGACAGAAGUCCAGGAGAGGCCCCUGAGGAGGUUUCAAAACAGGACGGUCUGGUCUCCAUUUCCGUGGGGAGAGAAAGCAUAACCUGGGAUACAGCCUUUGUGCCAACUACAGGCUUGUCCAUCGCGGGAAGCAGUGUCCCCACAGACUCUCCAGGACCCCAGCUAAACCAGAAGUACUUGUUCUGGUUUCCUGCUGAGAAUUUUCACAAGCCUGGGCUGCAGAAGGAGAUGAAUGAUGGCUCCAAAAAGCAGUUUCUGGCUAGAGACAACCAUAGUAGCCUAACAGCAGCUCCGGGUGAACCUGAAGCCAAGGUGAUCUAUAGCAGCACUCAUGGUCCCUCAGGACCAUUUCUGGGCAGGACUGACAGCAAGACCGGGGACCCAAUGGUGAGCAGCAGUGAUGAGUCCUGGUUAGAUGGUUACCCUGUGACGGAUGGGGCUUGGAGAAAGAUAGAGGCAGAAGAGGAGGAGGAUGAGGAAGAUGGGGACAAGGGAGAUGGGUCAGUAGGGCUGGAAGAAAGAGUUCCAGUUACUCUUAAUCAGCCCAUUCCUGUCGAAGUUAAGAACCCCAGGAGUACCUCCAUCACACCAAGUGAGGACAUGACCCAUAGUUCAGUUCUUCCAUCUCAAACACUAGAUGUAGAAGCUUUGGCUCUCAGACCCCGAAAUGUGUCUGAAACUGAGAAUCCCAGCAUGGGAGAUGGUGACUUGACCAGGUACCAGUCAACUGUUCCUUGGAGCUUUGCCACAGAGACGUCUCCCAUGGCCACACUACCCUAUGAACUCCCCAGCUCUACCCUGGGGACAGUGACAACUGCUGUCCAACAGUUGCCAAAUCACAGUCCCUCAACUAUCAUGGCAGCCAGCCAGACUCCAGGGGAAACCAUUGCUCCUGAGGUCCAGGAUAGUUUCCCAUACCUACUGUCUGAGGACUUCUUGGGACAGGAAAGCCCCGGCCCAGGUGCAAGCGAGGAGCUUCUUCCAACUGUGGAAUCGUGUGUAGGGGAUGGGUGUCCCAGCCUCAGCAGGGGCCCUGUCAUUGCCACCAUUGUCACCGUCCUAUGUCUGCUGCUGCUCCUGGCAGGCGUGGGGGCCGUGUGGGGCCACCGUAAGUGCCAACACAAGAGCUCCGUGUACAAGCUGAAUGUUGGCCAGCGGCAGGCUCGGCACUACCACCAGCAGAUUGAGAUGGAGAAGGUCUAGCCACCUUCAGAGCAGGCUCUCCCAAAGCCACUUAGGAGGAAAGGAAACUGUGCCACGUCUCACUGAUAAACACUGAUACUUCACUAGAGCAUGAAACAGGUGGGUUAGGACUCAUCUCUUUUUUUUCUGAGGUCCUUGUUCUGAAGGCUGAGAAGUGUCUCUGGAGGCACCUGGUAGGACAAGUAGGCUUUGGUGGCAUCAUCACACGCAUCAGUAUCUACUUAACCAAAUCUCCUGGAAUGUACUGUGCUGAUCCCAGACCUGUGCUCAGGCCCCAAUUCCAGUGUGAGUUCAAAACUCACCUCUCACUUCAUCAUGCUCUUGUCUUCUUUCCCUUGUUUUAAGAAAAAAAGAUGAAUCACUCCAUGACCGAAAUUUUUAGAAAAAGUGUGAUAAACUGAGCACUUGAGAGCAGUGUUAUUUAGGGUAGAGAUAUUUAAUCACUGGACGUGGGGCAUAGAAAAAAUAAUGGAUUAUUGCCUUUUAAUGUUGUGACUUUGUGAAGGCAAAUGAGCCAAGAACCAGGACAGAGUCUAGAAGCUUUUGGUUUCUUUUUAAUUGUUGAAAUUGGAGGGAG